GUACGUAAGUCAUAGCUCCUUGGCUCUUUUCUUAAAAAUAAUUUCUUUUCCAAAAGUAACAACCUCAAAUGGUAAUUACUUAGUGCAGAAGAAGAGAAAAUGAGAAGGCAACUUGUGCUGGCCAAACCUUUUUCUCUGGAAGAUGAGAAAGAUUCUGAGCUCACAGCUUCAAGUGUCAUCCGCAAGAUCCUCAGUCUCAUUAAGACCGUACGUCCAGGAUCUGAUCUCACCAAUUUUCAGCUGCCACCUCAGCUGAUCCUACCAAGAUCACGACUCCAAUGUUAUGGGGAGAUGAUCUACAGCUUCGGCGGUCAGGAUCUACUGGGCGAAUGCAGCCGCCGUAACAUUCCCAUCGAACGGCUCAAAUCGGUGGUGACGUGGAACAUCUCCACACUCCGUCCCGUGGUCGUUGGCAUGUCUCCGUACAACCCCAUUCUCGGCGAGACUCAUCACGUCUCCAACGGCUACAUCAACGUCCUCACCGAACAAGUAAUGCAUCAUCCUCCGGUGUCCGCACUUCAUGCGACUCACGAACAAGAAAAUAUCGACGUCACAUGGUGUCAAUAUUUCACUCCCAAAUUUCGUGGUGCGUACGUGGAUGUUGAGGUAAAUGGUAAAAGGAUAAUGAAGCUUCUGCAUCAUAAAGAGACUUAUGAGAUGGACCAACCGAGACUAAUUAUGAAAUUCUUACCGGCGCCGGGAGCUCAUUGGGCCGGAAAAGUCAAGAUAAAGUGUCCUGAGACUGAUCUCGAAGCUGAGUUACAUUUGAUCUCCGACUCAUUCAUUGAAAGAUUCAGAGGCAACAACAACAGAUCAAUCAAAGGAAAGAUCUUUGAAUCUUCCUCUGGUAAUCAGCUCUACAACAUCUUUGGCCAUUGGGACAGAACGGUAAUGGCAAAAAAUCUGAAGACUGGUGGGCUCGAGGUUAUCUACAAUGCCAAUGAGAAUAUCACAGGACUCAAACCUCCAACUGUCAAGAAUCUGCAGGAGGUAAUGGAGAGCGAGUCGACAAUAGUGUGGAGUGAAGUAAGUGAAGGAAUACUGAAGAAAGAUUGGGAAAGAGCAAGAGAAGCUAAGAUACUUGUGGAGGAGAAGCAGAGAGAGGCUCUGAAACAGAGAGAGGCUUCUGGUGAGUCAUGGGUUCCCAAACAUUUCUCAGUAGUCAAAGACGGUAAAGACUGGCACUGCUCACCGCUACAGCCCACGGUUCCUCGGGCUCCACUCGUCAUCACAGAGAAAUAAACCACUUUCAAGAUUUCAACACUCUUUGUUGAUGAUAGCUUAAGUUAUUACAAUUCCAUGUAACAUAAACCAAUUAAUA